GCGGAGCGGCACGAAGGCCCAGCGGGCAACCCGCAGCCGCAGCCCCCGCGCCAGCCCGACCCGAGGCGACCUGCGCCGGAGUCCGAAGAAGGACUGGGCGGUGCCGGGGCGCCCGAGGACCAGCCGAGCGCCCGGCCCCGCGCCGCGCGGAGGGAGGCCGAGCCGCCGGCGGAGACUGAGGCAGAUAGGCACUUGGGGACUUAUCUGUUGGACUGUGAAAACACUCCGGGCGCCUUACCGAGCCGGCCCCAGACCCCCAAGCAGCCGCAGAAGCGCUCCCGAGCCGCCUUCUCCCACACUCAGGUCAUUGAGUUAGAGAGGAAGUUCAGCCACCAGAAGUACCUGUCAGCCCCUGAAAGGGCUCACCUGGCCAAGAACCUCAAGCUCACAGAGACCCAAGUGAAAAUAUGGUUCCAGAACAGACGCUACAAGACCAAGCGGAAGCAGCUCAGCUCGGACCUGGGGGACCUGGAGAAACAAGCCUCCUUACCAGCUCGGAAAGAGGAAGGCUUCUCGCGGGCCUCCCUCAUCUCUGUGCAUAACACCUACCCUUACUACCCCUACCUUUACUGCUUGGGAGGCUGGAGCCCAGCUCUCUGGUAACACCAGUGCAGACAACUACCCGUGAUCCAAAACUGCCUUCCCCAGGUGGUCCCUCUGGAAGGAAAGGGGCCAGGGUCAGGGAGGACCGGGCAGCAAGAGGCGUGCAGUCCGAAACUGUGGGAGGUUUGCAUGAAAAUCCGAGAUUCUUCACUGAUGGGCCAACGAAAGAUCUGGGACAGGGAAUAAUUUAAUAUCCGAAUAGUUCCUCCAGCGCAGAACGAGGUCGUUUUUGCUUUUACGGACCUGCUUGAAGUGGGGAGGGACAAAGCCAAGUGCUGUUUCCAGCACUUCGGGUGAUUCUGUAUGAGCUGAUGAGAUGUGUGAGGUGAUGUCUGCUUCACUUCUGAGGGUUCUGCUGCUCCAGCUCCAUCCUCUCGUGUGGCUGAGCAUCCAUUCACAAGAGCAAACCUGAAGGCAGUGGGGCUAGGGGGGACGGCUAAGGAUGAGGAUGUCACCUACUGAAUUAAGCUGAAGGUCAGAAGCCUCUCAUUGGCCUUGGACUAUGACCAAGGUUUCUCUCUGUCCCUGGAAGAGAGAGGGAGAUAGAGGACUCCAGAGAGAAGCCUGUGGUCCUAGCUCAGCAGAUUGGCACAGGAUAUGGAGAUGGGUAGGAAGAGGUGAGACAUAAGCUUCUUAUUCCUUUCUAAAUAAUGUGCCAACUGAAGUAUUUACAGGGUGGCCCAAGUAGGACAAGAAGGACUCACUGUGGUUUUAAGACAAGCUGUACAAACAGAAGUCUGCAAGAGGUGGGCCCAGGCCAGCAGAGUCUCCUCAUGUCCAAGACAGUGGCCCAAGGACUCUCCACACUGCUGCUGGGGGCAUUGCAUUUUUUAUUAGCAAAAGGUAAAAAAAAGCCUUUUCUGGACCUUUUUGCUCUGGGCCUGAGAAUUUAGAACGAGAAAGUUCCUGGCGUUGUCAGGCUAUAACUCAUACUACACCAUGACAGAUCACCAAAUUCUUUAAGCUCCAUCCUCCUCUCCUCUUUUUUUUUU